AUGAACGUUUCAUUUCACGGUGAUCGGAAACGUAUCAUGUCUGGCUCCAUUCAAGCCCCUUCUAGUGAGCCAAUAGCAUAUGAAUAUACAGUGUGCUCAGAUCAUAGUGAGACUGAGGGUAAGCCACAACCAUCGAGUUUUGAUUGCGAAAAAGGAGAUGUUCUCUCAGCGAUCAAAUAUGCCGACUAUGGCCAAUCCACUGGUAGUUGUGAAAAAUAUAAACGAGGAAAAUGUGGUUCACGCGAUACAUUGAACAUCGUCAAAAAGAAAUGUCUUGGGAAAAGGAAGUGUGAGUUGUCUGCUCCGGACAAGAUUCUUGGUCCUACCUACUGCAAGGGUGCUAUUAGGCUGGUUAUUGAAGCUACUUGUAAAAAAACAUAG